AAACCAUCGAUAAUCAAGAUUGAAGAUUCAAGACAUCGAUGUUUUGCCGUUUGCGUGUUUUUAAUAGUUUCGUGAAUUAUUAAAAUUUUCCUAAUUUAGAAUCUUGUAAUAUAAAUAUCUAUCAACCCAUUAAUAAUCUUUUCGUUUAUGUAGUGCUUUUAUACAUAUCAUAUUGCAAUAAUCCAAAACUACCUUUUCAAAACUCUGGUUAUCAAUGUAAGGAUAAAAAUGUUACACUACAAUUUAUUAUUAUUGAUACAGUAAUAUUUCAAGCACAUACGUAAAAUAAAGUAAGAUUCAGAUGGAGUGCCUGAGAUUGAAGCUUGCUUUUGGAAAGACAUAGGAUUUUUACGAGAAGGCUUGUAUUAUUGACUAAAAAUGUCGAAGAAUGGCGAAGUGCCGUCAAAUCAAGGACCUAGCAGGCCAUCAAUGCCGAAGCCUGAUUUGAAUUUAUUGCCAACUGAGAAACGUAAAAUACUAAAUUUGCAACUUGAAGGAGGACCAUCCGGUGAUAAUGCGGCUUUUAUGCCAUUUACUUCAACGGCGCCACAAAGAUCGCGAAUGCCAUCAAGAACAAUAAGGGAUGUGCUUCCAGAUAAUACCAGAGAUAGGUGUAGAAUAUAUCCAUCAAUGCAAUCAUCAGGCAAGUUGCAGCUGUCUGCAACUGAAGUAUAUGACUUCACCUCAGAUGAUUUACAGGAUCUAGGAGAAAUAGGCAGAGGUGCAUUUGGAGCAGUUAACAAAAUGGUUCACAGAAAGUCAGGCAAAGUAAUGGCAGUGAAAAGAAUUCGCUCAACUGUUGAUGAGAAGGAGCAGAAACAAUUAUUAAUGGAUCUUGAAGUUGUCAUGAAGAGUAAUGAAUGUCUUUAUAUUGUACAGUUCUAUGGAGCACUAUUUAAAGAAGGUGACUGCUGGAUAUGCAUGGAGUUAAUGGAUACAUCAUUAGACAAAUUCUACAAGUAUAUAUGUGAAAGGAUGCAAACUCGAAUGCCAGAGACAAUAUUGGCAAAAAUUACUCUUGCCACUGUAAAAGCAUUAAAUUAUUUAAAAGAAAAGUUAAAAAUUAUUCACAGGGAUGUUAAACCAUCAAACAUUUUACUAGAUAGAAGAGGUAAUAUAAAACUAUGUGACUUUGGUAUAUCUGGGAAAUUGGUCGACUCAAUUGCGCGUACUCGCGAUGCUGGUUGCAGACCCUAUAUGGCGCCUGAAAGGAUAGAUCCAGGGCGCGCUAGGGGCUACGAUGUGCGAUCUGAUGUCUGGUCAUUGGGUAUAACAUUAAUGGAGGUCGCGACUGGUGCCUUCCCUUACCCCCGCUGGGGAUCAGUCUUUGAACAGCUUCAACAAGUGGUUCAAGGUGACCCACCGCGUCUCACCAAUAAGAAUAAUAUCUUCUCAAGCAAUUUCAUCAAUUUUGUCAAUACUUGCCUAAUAAAGGAAGAAACGCAACGGCCCAAAUAUAAUCGUUUGUUAGAGCAUCCAUUUAUAAAAGGCAUAGAACAGAGCCGGGCCGACGUUGCUGCCUAUGUAUGUGAAAUACUUGAUGCCAUGGAACGGAAUGGAGUUAGCCCAUUUACCACUGAUCAGCCAGCACAGGCCUGGAUUGAUUAAUUAAUAUUCAAUAGAUUUUUUUUAAUACCACGCGAUAACUUUCGCUAAUAAAUAAAGUGGGUUUAAAUAAAUCAAAAAUAUGUAGAACGCUAAUUAUUUUAUGUAAACAACAUGUCAUUUAUUAUUCAGUGAUACCAAAGCGCGAGAAUGAAUAUUUAGUAUAAUGCUCUGUCCGGUAACGCGCAUAGAGCUUAUACUUGAUUAUUA